CGUGGCGACAGAGACGGCGUGGGUUCGCCUGUGUGACACAAUUACAACAACUUUAAUCUGGUGGCGGAGAGAAGUUUGAAAUUAUUUUUAAAAAAUUGACCAUUGUAAUUGUGCAUGAGCAAUUACUCAUGCAUAACCAUUUAGUUCCUAUAUCACAUACAUUAUUGUAAAAAUGUGAGAAGAGGACCAACUGGAAGAUAACUCAUUUCCACAAGGAUUUACAGCAAAUCUUCGCCAUAUUGGGUAAAAGUUUCUAAAAUCUGGUUGAUUUCGCGACGCUUCUUGAACUGCCAGGAUUCGCGCUUGGUUUCCUCGGUGCGAGUCCAUGCGAUCGUGCCGAGUGUCGCUGGUCGUAGCUGCCUGCGCUGCUGCUCGAAGCCUCGGCGCUGGUGAUGAGGAAAAGAAAAUGGCGGCGGGAAAAGCGAGUGAAACCGAGGAGGACUUUCCUAGGCUGACAGCGCAGGAGAGGGACGGUCUGGCUGGAAUUGACAGCUCACUGUUUGGAUUUCUGAGUCUUCAUGAAGAUGGCGCCAGAACGAAGGCCUUGCUGUUGAAGGCUGUUCGCUGCUACGAUUCUCUAAUCCUGAAAGCUGAAGGAAAAGUAGACCAUGAGUUAUUUUGCCAGCUGGGUCACUUCAACCUCCUGCUGGAGGAUUACCCAAAAGCAUUAUCAGCAUACCAGAGGUACUACAGUUUACAGUCAGACUACUGGAAGAAUGCUGCCUUUUUAUAUGGCCUUGGUAUGGUUUACUUCCAUUACAAUGCAUUUCAGUGGGCGAUUAAAGCGUUUCAGGAGGUGCUGUACAUUGACCCCGGCUUCUCUCGCGCGAAGGAGGUCCACCUGCGCCUCGGUCUCAUGUUUAAGGUGAACACAGACUACGAGUCGAGCUUAAAGCACUUUCAGCUGGCUUUGAUUGACUCAAACCACUGCACUUUGUCCAAAGCUGAAAUUCAGUUCCACAUUGCUCAUUUGUAUGAGAUACAGAAGAGAUACCGUGCGGCGAAGGAGGCUUAUGAAAGUCUGCUGCAGACAGAAAACCUUCCUACCCAAGUGAAAGCAGCCAGUCUUCAGCAGCUGGGCUGGAUGCAUCACACACUGGAACAGGUGGGGGACCGAGCCAAUAAGGACAGCUACGCCAUCCAGUGUCUGCAGAAAUCUCUCGAGGCAGACCCCAGCUCUGGCCAGUCCUGGUAUUUCCUUGGCAGGUGCUACUCGAGCAUCGGGAAAGUGCAAGACGCGUUCAUUUCCUACAGGCAGUCCAUAGACAAAUCAGAGGCCAGUGCAGACACCUGGUGCUCCAUAGGGGUGCUGUAUCAGCAGCAGAACCAGCCCAUGGACGCCCUCCAGGCCUACAUCUGCGCCGUGCAACUGGACCACAGUCACGCGGCAGCCUGGAUGGAUCUGGGCACGCUCUACGAGUCCUGCAACCAGCCGCAGGACGCCAUCAAGUGCUACAUCAACGCCACACGCAGCAAGGACUGCAGCAACGUCUCCGCGCUCACCGCCCGCAUCAGAUACCUGCAGGCUCAGUUGUGUAACCUUCAACACACUAGUCUACAGAGUAAAAGUAAAAUGCUUCCUAGUAUUGAGGAAGCAUGGAGCCUCCCUAUUCCUGCAGAACUUACCUCGAGACAGGGCGUCCAGAUCACAGCCCAGCAGGCAUGCAAGCCCCACCCCAGUGCAGGAGGGGGUUUAUCAGGGGCACAUGGCUCAGGGCAGUCUCUGCCCCCCCAUGUUGGUCCUCUUGGCCAGGGGGAAGAGCAGCCUAGCCCAGCCAAGCGGAAGAGAGCCUCCAGCCCUGCCAAGAGUCCUGCAGAGUGGGGGAGUGGCCUAGCACAGGCGCCGACUCCGACUCCAAGCUGGUACCUGUCUCCUCAGAAGCUACAGCUACUCGAGCAGAUGAGGGCCACGCGGGCAGGUCUGAACCCCAUGCAGGUGCAGAGGUUGGAGCAGCUGGAAGCCCAGCUCUCGGCAAUGCAGCUACAUCAGCAACAGAUGAGGCAGAGCGCGUGUGCGCAGGUGCGGCCCUCCCUGCCCAACGGCCCCACGCCCACCCCCUCUCUGCAGCCCCUGCCGCAGGGCGGAGCCGCCCGUGGCCUCUGCACCGCGCAGCCGCUGCCCAACGGGCCUUUCCCCGCCAGCCCCGGGUCAGGCGCCCGUGCCAGCCCGCACCCACUCUCUGUCGGCAAUAAUCACACGCGGGGAACGGGAACCAACGGAGACGUGCCUUACCUGAACCCCAACGCACUACCUCACAACUGCACAAGCCCGGGCGACGCAUGGAGCAGCCAGCAUCUUAACUCCACUCAGGGGCUUCAGAAAGGCGCAGGUUCACAUUGGGCUGGUCCUAAUGGAGACCGGGCUCUCUCUUCCAGCGGUUCGGCCGACGGCGGCCCUCGCAAUCAGGUUGGACAUUCCGUCACGACCCCCGGUGACCCCUCGGAGCCUGCCGUCAAUCACCUGUCCUCUCCCUCCCCUUCGUCGGCCUCGUCCCCGGCGUCGUCCUCCGCGCACACAGCUACCUCAGGUGUCCCCCUGACCAAAGAGAGUGACCCGCCACAGGGCAACGGUUCCACUGCCUCCAACCACCGCAGCCUCAGCUGCACCCCGCCCACGUCUACGUCCGGCUCACCCGCUGCCCACUCCGCAGACAAUCCCCGCCUCGCCGCCCUGCUGGCGGGCAAAGACAGCCCCGCCGCGGGGCCCAGGAUCAACCACGUCCUGCCGGGCCCGGGGGGAUCCGCCGCCUCCUCGCCUGCCUCGGCCCUGUCCGCCACGUCGUCCCUGUCGCCCCGCGCCAACAAGCCCAGCCCUGCCCCGCCGGGACCCCCGCCUGCCAUCACCGUGAACGGGAGUGGAGGGGGGGCUUGUUCCGAGGACUCGCACAGCCCGCUGAAGGUCGAACCACCGGAGGUCCGUCUCAAAGCGGCCGCUCCUCAGAGACCCUCGCACUCCUCGUCCACAGUAUCCAUCUACCCCACGUCUUCAGACAUCCUCAAAGCAUGCAGGAGCCUAGGGAGGAACGGCCUGUCCAGCAUCAGUGUCCUGCUGGAUAAGUGUCCCCCUCCACGUCUCCCGGUUCCCCCCUCCCCUGCUCUGCCCAAGGACAAGCUCAACCCCCCCACGCCCAGCAUCUACUUGGAGAAUAAGAGGGAUGCCUUCUUCCCCCCCCUGCAUCAGUUCUGCACCAACCCAUCCAACCCAGUCACGGUCAUCCGGGGCCUGGCAGGAGCUCUUAAACUGGACCUGGGCCUGUUUUCCACCAAGACCCUGGUGGAGGCGAACCCUGAGCACUUGGUGGAGGUGCGGACGCAGCUGUGUCAGCCGGCUGACGAGAACUGGGAUGCCAGUGGUGCCCGGAAGCAGUGGCGGUGUGAGAGCACCCGCUCACUCACCACCAUCGCCAAGUACGCCCAGUACCAGGCAGCGUCCUUUCAGGAGUCCCUGCGGGAGGAGAAUGAGAAGAAGGGACAGAAGGAGCUCUCUGACUCUGAAAUGUCCUCCUCAGAGAAUGUUGCCAGACGACGUAAAGGGCCUUUCAAGCAAAUCAAGUUCGGCAUGAAUAUUGACGUUUCCGACGAGAAAAAGUGGAAGUUGCAGCUACAAGAGUUGAGUAAGCUACCUGCUUUUGCCAGAGUGGUUUCUGCAGGGAACCUGCUCAGCCACGUGGGCCACACCAUCCUGGGCAUGAACACUGUCCAGCUCUUCAUGCAGGUCCCUGGCAGUAGGACGCCUGGUCAUCAAGAAAACAACAACUUUUGUUCGGUGAACAUCAAUAUCGGUCCUGGCGACUGCGAGUGGUUUGCGGUACCAGAGCCAUACUGGGGAGUGAUGAGUGAGUUCUGCGAAAAGAACAACAUCAACUUCCUCAUGGGCUCAUGGUGGCCCAACCUGGAAGAUCUGUACGAGGUUGACGUACCAGUUUAUAGGUUUAUCCAGCGGCCCGGAGACCUGGUAUGGCUCAACACGGGCACGGUGCACUGGGUCCAGGCCAUCGGCUGGUGCAAUAACAUCUCCUGGAAUGUGGGUCCUCUGACUGCGCAUCAGUACAAACUGGCUGUGGAGCGCUACGAAUGGAACAAACUCCAGAGCGUCAAGUCGGCGGUUCCCAUGGUGCACCUGUCCUGGAACAUGGCGAGGAACAUCAAAGUUUCUGACCACAAGCUCUUUGAGAUGAUCAAGUUUUGCCUGCUGCGGACACUGAAACAGUGUCAGACAGUGAAGGAGACACUGGUAGCAGCAGGGAAGGAGACCAUUUGGCAUGGAAGGAGCAGAGAUGAACCCGCACACUACUGCACCAUUUGUGAAGUGGAGGUUUUCAACCUUCUAUUCAUCACAAACGAGAGCUACUCCCAGAAGACGUUCGUGUUUCAUUGCCAAGACUGUGCACGAAAGGGCAGCAGCGAUCUUGAAGGCUUUGUAGUGCUCGAACAGUACAGGAUGGAGGACCUCAUGCAGGUCUAUGACCAGUUCUCAUUAGCUCCUCCUCUUCAUUCAUCAUCAUCUUGACAUUGAGACUCUAGUUGUGGACAAUAUCGCAUUACAGGAACUUUAUAAAACGGACCAUUUCUGAUAUUCAGGAAAGUCGAGGCAGUCUGGUGCAUGGCUGGUGACCAUGGCAACCGCCCAGGGCUCCCGGCUGAAAGCGGCUGUGUGUGUCUAUGCAACCUGUUGAUAAACUGCAGCGCAUUGUCAGCCCGUGGGGGGCGGUAGUGGAUGCACUUCCUCUCCCCAGACCUCUCCCUUCUAUACGGCUCGGCUCUGCUUCUCUGGAGAAAUUAAAUCAAAAUGUGGGGCAGAAUAUUAUGGGAAAAUGUUUUGUACAUAUUGUCUGUCACAACUGGCAUUGUCAUUUAAAAGACUACUGACUUGAGACAUUCUCCUGCCCCCCAACCCGCGACCCCCUUGAUCCUUGUUUUUGGGGCUUUUGUUUGGGUUUUUUGUUUUGUUAAUGGGCUGAGACAUGGUCCAUUUUCCUUGUCUCAAAGGCUGUUCCCUUACAUUAGGGAGCACUAACCUAGCUGGUCUUUUUUGUAUUGUAGAUAGCAAUUUUACGACUUUGGAUGGCAAAAUCUACAAAAAAAAAAAAUUUGUAAUGUGAAGAUUUAGGUGAUAUAAUUUUUUACUGCUUUUAUGUUUUAUCUGUCUUGUUACUUUGAAACCAUGAUGUUCAAUAUUUUUGUUUAUGUAAGAAAAAGGAAAAAAGAACGAAAAACUUAACAGCCAAGUCACAAAGAGAAAUGUAUUGCACAUAGACUAAGAAAUAAAGUUUAAAUUGUGAUUUUUUUUUUUUCCUUUUGGUUGUUUCUAAUCUUGAUGUACAUUUACACUAUUUAUAAAUACAUAUUUAUUGCUUGAAGAUAUUUGUUGAUGGAAUGCCGUUAUUUUUCCCAGAGUACCUGCCAUUAAAUUUGAAGGAGUUUUGUCAUUUAAACUCUACUCCUGCAUUUUCUAUAUAGAAAUAAAACUGCUUAGCAAGCAUUGUACAGAAACCAUUAAAUUGUUUUGUUUGAAAAAUGUUUUAUGAGUUAUUAAAACAAAUUCACAACA